UUAAAAAAUUAUUAUUUGGGCAGGGCAGAGAUUUUUUCUCUUUCUCUGCCCCAAUUUUCCCGGGAAAAUGAUGAUUCAAGCCCAUGUCUCCUUCCAAAACCCUAGCUUACUUCCCAAUCCUCUUCGUCCUCGAUCUCAACUCUCUUCGACCUUCUUCAAUCCCAACAAUCGGCACUUCGGCAACAAGAGUAGCGCUCUUUGCCUUCCAAGUUUUCGUUUUUCCUCCCGCCGCUCCCGAAUCCUGACUGGUUGCAUCGCCGCCGGCGGCCGAGAAAUUUCCGAUGAUGACGACAGAAAUUGCGGCGAAGGAGCGGUGGUGGAAAAUGUGGAUGUUUCGGGAGAAGGGUUGUUGAAUCAGGGAAUGUGGGAUCAGAUAAAGGAGAUUGCUAUGUUUACAGGACCUGCUGUUGGGCUUUGGAUUUGUGGUCCGCUUAUGAGUCUCAUUGAUACGGUUGUUAUUGGGCAGGGCAGCUCUCUUGAGCUUGCUGCUUUAGGUCCGGGAACAGUUUUUUGCGACUAUUUGAGUUAUGUAUUCAUGUUUCUUUCUAUUGCAACUUCCAAUAUGGUUGCCACUGCACUUGCAAGACGGGAUAAAAAUGAAGUGCAACAUCACAUAUCCGUCCUGCUCUUUGUUGGAUUGACUUGUGGCUUCUUGAUGUUUUUCUUUACAAGAUUUUUUGGUUUAUGGUCUCUAUCUGCUUUUGCUGGGGCAAAGAAUUUCCAUAUUGUCCCUGCAGCGAACACCUAUGUUCAGAUUCGAGGCUUGGCAUGGCCUGCGAUUCUUAUCGGUUGGGUUGCUCAAAGUGCAAGUCUUGGCAUGAAAGAUUCUUGGGGGCCUUUGAAGGCUUUGGCUGUAGCGAGCAUCAUAAAUGGCAUUGGUGAUAUACUCCUGUGCAGAGUUUUUAGCUAUGGCAUUGCUGGUGCAGCAUGGGCCACGAUGGUAUCGCAGGUUGUUGCAGGGUAUAUGAUGGUUGAAAAUCUGAACAAGAAAGGUUACAAUGCAUAUGCUCUCUCCAUUCCCUCACCGAAAGAACUUAUCACUAUACUUGAGCUUGCUGCUCCAGUGUUCAUCACAAUGAUGGCUAAGGUGGCAUUCUAUAGUCUCCUCAUAUAUUUUGCUACAUCCAUGGGCACAAUCAGCAUGGCUGCUCAUCAGGUUAUGAUUCAAACGUUCUGCAUGUGCACUGUUUGGGGUGAACCUUUAUCACAAACUGCACAAUCAUUUAUGCCUGAGUUGAUAUAUGGAGUGAGACGUAAUUUGGAAAAGGCCAGAAUGUUGCUCAAGUCGCUUGUUAUUGUGGGUGCUGUUCUUGGAUUAGUUUUAGGAUCUAUUGGAACAGCUAUUCCUUGGUUAUUUCCAAACAUUUUUACUCCUGAUCAGCUGGUCAUACGGGAGAUGCAUAAAGUUCUGAUACCAUACUUUUUGGCUAUAGCUGCUACACCCUCAACUCACAGCCUUGAAGGAACGUUGUUGGCUGGCCGAGACCUAAAAUUUAUUAGUAUGACAAUGAGCGGCUGUUUCACACUGGGAGCAAUUCUACUGAUGCUUAUUAGCAGCAAAGGAUUUGGUUUGGCAGGCUGCUGGUACGCACUAGUGGCAUUUCAAUGGGCUCGAUUUUUCCUCGCCCUUCGACGCCUUCUUUCUCCCAAUGGUGUACUAUUCUCGGAAGAUUUGUCCAGGUAUAAUAUGGAAAAACUUAAAGCUGUUUAGUUUUAAGGACAAAAGUUCAUAACUAGAAGCUGUUAUUGUAAGUUGUGCUUAUAAUCCUUUUAAAUGGGCUUGUCAAUGGGGUGGGACAACCCGCCCCGCACAGUUACCCGACCUGCUUGCCCCAUCCCGUUUACUAAAUGAGGCGGGAUGGGACAAAUCUGACGAGGCAUUGGAUAACCGCUCAAUCCCGUCAAAUCAUUUAGAUUAAUAAAACAUUUUUUUUACUAUUAAUUAAGAGUUUUAAUGUAGACUUUGCCAUUUUUCUUUA